GCUGGGCACACUCAUGCUUGUUAAAUCCACAUUCUCCUCUAUUGGCUAAAUCAGUAGUGUCUUCUACUGGCUAAUCUGAACCUACAGGCACAACAAGUCCGCAAAUUAUUAAUCAGCUCCGAUACAAAAAAAAUAAAAAUUGGGCUCCAAGGAUCGAUAGAUAGUAGUCCAUGCUACUUACCUACAAAGUUUCAAGACAAUCCUUUUACAAAUGACGGAGAAAUAAGACUUCAAUGUUAGUGUCCACAAGAACAACAACAACAACCUCAGUGGCGACUCAACAUGUCAUAAGCCUGUAAAAAACAUAGCCUUCUCUCCAAUAUUCAUAUCCAGCUAACAGUUCAUCAUACUGUGAACAUCCAGUAUAAUAAAUGCGUUUUCACAGGUGUAAGAGUUUGUUGACAUCCAUGACAAGUGACAGAGGAUGCAUGUACAAUAUCCGUUAAAUUUCCAUUCCUUAGGAAAGGAAGCUCAGACGUACUGCUUGGUAAAUAUAUUUUGGAGCGUGCGCUCAAGUAUGAAGUGCUGUGUCUGAAGUUAAAGGAUAGCAGGCAUCUGAUUCGCACUGGCACCGUGAACUUGACACCACCUGUCCCAUUCCCGUCUCACAGACAGCGCGUUCUCCUUUUAGGUUCAGGAGAGGGAGGUAGCGAGGAAGCCGGCUAAAGGGUGAAUGGGUAGAUAGGUGGGUGGGUACCUUUAUGCAGAACCUUGUUCGUUUUCAAGUCUGUUCUGAGCAAGACACUUGGAAUUCAUGCUCAGCUAAAGUCCAGCUACUGUAGUUCCUCAUUGAGGCCUACAUACUAGCCCCAUGUCAGUCAUUUGUUGGAUGCCACUUAAGGCUCAGGCCAGACAACCGAGAGUCUUACCGUCUAUGUAGGACGACAGGGUCAGGAGAAGGAAGCAUCCUGUAAUGGAGAACUUCCUCAGGGACAAAGAUCUAUGGAUAUUAGGGAGCGUGUGCCUGGUGGCCACUUUCUUAUGGCGACGGCUGUGGAAAUUAUUUUCCAUCAAAAAGAAGGGGCGGACUAUACCACAAGACAUAAAGGGUAAAGAUGAUAAGGAUAAAGGAAAACAGAGCCUGAAGAGCGUCAACGUUCAGAAGAAGAGGAGGUCCCUGGAAUCUUCAGACUUGGUGCUGCCAGAAAAGGUAGAGAAACUUAACCAAAAGAAUACUGACCAUUCUCACGGCAAUAACAAGGCAGAGGACACGGAAAAUGGAAGACCACUAGAAUCACCUGCAUUGAUUCUGAAUGGUCCAGCUAAAGAAAGCGAGGACGUCUUUGAAGACUCGGAUCCUGAUGAAGAGGUAGAAAUAGAGAUAAAAUCUUCAGAUUUCAACCAUGAGAAAACAAGUGAUGAAGAAGCUGAAGAGGAGCAGAAGAAUGAUCCGGAAGCAAAUAUUUCUUCGGAGACCGAGAAGACGACUGAGAGCCCUGAUGAGGUCAGUGAUGUGGCUGCCUGUAGCAAACGUCGUGUCACAGAAGAAGACCCGGUGAAGGAUGAUCUUAAAAAGAGUCGCGUGGAAGAUGAUAAAGAUAAAAAUGCUGAUGGUGCUGUGUUGGAGCCAGAGAAGCGCCAAGACACCGACUCUGAUGCAGUCAACACGGAUGGGAGUGAGGGAAACGACAACCUAUCUGGAAAGGAAUUCUUUAUUGACUCCAGUCCUCCACCAUCAGCACCCUUUGACCAUCGUAUAGUGACUCCAAAACCUCAUCAAAUAAGUGCCUACUACUCCAUCAACAAAGACGAGGUGCUAGGAGGGGGGCGGUUUGGCCAGGUGCACAAAUGUAUAGAGAAGUCAUCUGGCCUAACAUUGGCUGCCAAAAUCAUCAAGGCGAGGAGUCAAAAAGAAAAGGAUGUGGUGAGGAACGAGAUCCAGGUGAUGAACCAGCUCAACCACUGCAACCUUAUCCAGCUUUAUGCAGCCUUUGAGUCCCGUCAUGACAUCAUACUCGUCAUGGAAUAUGUUGAAGGAGGUGAACUAUUUGAUCGCAUCAUUGAUGAGAACUGCAACCUGACUGAGUUUGACACUGUGUUGUUUAUACGCCAAAUCAGUGAGGGACUGCAAUAUAUGCACAGAAUGUACAUAUUACAUCUCGACCUCAAGCCAGAGAACAUUCUUUGUGUCAGCAGGGCAACAAACAAGAUAAAAAUAAUUGACUUUGGUCUGGCCAGAAGAUAUAAACCUCGAGAGAAGCUUAAGGUCAACUUUGGAACGCCUGAAUUUUUGGCCCCUGAAGUCAUCAAUUAUGAGUUUGUUUCAUUCCCUACAGACAUGUGGAGCCUUGGAGUCAUAACUUACAUGCUACUUAGCGGCUUGUCUCCUUUCCUUGGGGAUGAUGACAAUGAAACUCUGAACAACAUUCUAGCCUGUCAGUGGAACUUUGAGGAAGAGGAGUUUACAGAUGUUUCUGAAGAGGCCAAAGAUUUCAUCACACGUUUACUAGUAAAGAGCAAAAACUGGAGGAUGAGUGCUACAGAGUCUCUUAGACACCCUUGGCUGUCAGACCAAAGUUUGCACUAUAAGUUACACGUGAAGAAAAACAAGUGUCACUCCACUGGACCACCCUCUCCAGAGUGCUAGAGAGGUCCCUUCCCUUUUACCAACCGAGAUGUCUGCUCCCUUUUUAGAACACUGUAAGGCCACCAACAUGCCUUUUGAAAACACUGGACCAAUGCUGCUGUACUUUAACGGCUUGUGAAUCGUUAUCCUCCUGCCCACUAUACCCACAUUAGCUUUGUCCAGCUUUGCUUAUCUAUGAUCUGUUAUAGUUUAAUGAUGCCAGGGAAGUAAAUGUUAGUUUAGAUAAGAUAGAUGUAAUUCAAGUGGACGGAAAUGGAAAUAAUUGAUAUCACUCAUGUAUGUGGUGACUGUCCUCUGCAUAGAUUGUGUAUGUAUAACUCAUAUUUAAAAAAAAAAAAAAUACAGGGCAAAGACAAAAUUGAAGAGGGCAUAUAAUGGGUGGUUAAAUGUUUUAGAUGGCCUGUAACUAUAUCGUGUCUACUGUACCCUGGCUAACAGAUUUUUUUCCUUGCAUGCAUGGCACUUUUUGUUUUAUUUUUGAGUCAUGUUCAGCAAACAACUUAUUGAAUGCUACUACAGUAAUGAACUUUGAUGUUUGGAUGUCUCUUUUAUUUCAUGUACAAGUCUUAGGAAAAUUUGUAUUGUGUGAAGAAACAACACAUAGUUUUCGUCGAACACAUUAUUGCAAUUUUGUAUUUAACAUGUAUUGCACAAAAAAAUAAAUAUGUCAGUUAUUAGCUAAGACACAGUUAUCAUACUUUCCUUCAGCAGCCUGGAGUUGGUAGCACCCUCACCUUCCAUGAAGGCCUUACAAAAUACUACACAAUACUACCUAUGAUUAUUUCAUGUUUACAGUGGUAUGAAAAGUAUCUGAACCUUCUGGAAUUUCUCACAUUUCUGCAUAAAAUCACCAUCAAAAAUGUGAUCUGAUGUCUGUCAAAAUAACACCGAUGAAAAAACAGUGUCUGCUUUAACCAAAACCACCCAAAUAUUUAAAGGUUUUCAUAUUUUAAUGAGGAUAGUAUGCAAACAAUGACAGAAGGGGAAAAAUAAACAAGUGAACCAUCACAUUUAAUAUUUUGUGCCUCCCCCUCCCAGCUCCCGCCACCCCCACCCCUUUGCCAGCAAUUACUUCAAGGAGAGGUUUCCUGGAGCUGCAGAUCAGUCUGGCACAUCGAUCAGGACUAAUCUUGGGCCAUUCUUCUCUACAAAACUGCUGUCAGAUUCCUGGGAUGUCUGGCAUGAAUCGCUGUCUUAAGGUCAUGCCACAGCAUCUCAAUGGGGUUCAAGUCUGGACUUUGACUUGGCCACUCCAGAACGUGUAUUUUGUUCUUCUGAAACCAUUAUGAAGUUGAUUUACUUCUGCGUUUUGGAUCAUUGUCUUGUUGAAGCAUCCAUCCUCUUUUUAACUUCAACUGUCUGACAGAUGGCCUCAGGUUUUCCUGCAAAACAUUGCGAUAAACUUUUGAAUUCAUUUUUCCAUUAAUGAUUGCAAGUUGUGCAGGCCCUAUGGUAGCAAAACAGACCCAAAUCAUGAUGCUUCCUCCACCAUGCUUCACGGUGGGGAUGAGGUUUUGAUGUUGGUGAGCUGUUCCAUUUUUCCUUCACACAUGACCUUGUGUGUAGCUCCCAAACAAUUCAACUUUGGUUUCAUCAGUCCAGAAAAUAAUUUUGCUAAAACUUCUGUGGAAUGUCCCAGUGCCAUUUUGCAAACAUUAAACGAGCAACAAUGUUUUUUUUUCUCUAGAGAGCAGUGGCUUCUUCGGUGGAGUCCUCCCAUGAACACCAUUCUUGGCCAUAGUUUUGCAUAUAGUUGGUGUGUGCACAGAGAUUUUGGACUGUGCCAGUGAUUUCUGUAAGUUAAAAGCAGAUACUGGACAGAUAUAGGGUUGUUUUUUUACCUCUCUGAGUAUUCCGCGCUGAACUCAGCGUCAUCUUUGGUGGACGGCCACUCCUUAGGAGAGAAGCAACAGUGCAAAACUCUUUGCAUUUGUAGACGAAUUCUCUGACUGUCGAUUGAUGAACACGCAGACUUUUAGAGAUGGUUUUGAAUCCUUUCCCAGCUUUAUACAAAUCAACAAUCCUUGAUCGCAGGUCUUGAAACAGCUCUUUUGACCAAGCCAUGAUGCAUAUCAGACAAUGCUUUUCAUCAAGACAUUUCUUACCUGGUGUGUGUUUUAUAGUGGGCAGGGCAGCUCUAAACCACAUAUCAGUGAUUGGGCCCACACCUGACUUAAAAUUGUUUGGUAAAAAAUGGUUUCAAUUGCUCUUUUAGUCUCCUUAGGCCAGCGGUGGGCAAACCAGUCCUCGAGGGCCGCAGUGGGCCCUGGUCUUUUUUCCAACUGAUUCAGCACAGACAGUUUAACCAAUGAGGUUUCAGUGGAAACAAGAAGCACCUGACUGCAAUCAACUGAUUGCACUUGUAAGAAACCAGAUUGGUGAAAGGCUGUCCUCAAUGGGUAUGAACAAAAACCCGCACCCACUGCGGCCCUUUGUGGAAUAGUUUGCCCACCCCUGCCUUAGGCAGAGGGUUCACUUACUUAUUUACCCCCUUCUGUCAUUGUUUCAUGUUAUCCUCAUUAAAAUAUGAAAACCUAUAAAUGUUUGGGUGGUUUAGUUAAAGCAGACACUGUAUUUUCAUCAGUGUGAUUUUGACAAAGAUCAGAUCACAUUUGAUGGUGAUUGUGUAUAGAAAUGUGAGAAAUUUCAAAAGGUUCAGAUAAUUUUUCAUACCACUGUAUGACUGAUAUUUGUUGUAAUGUUCAUUUUUUAAAUUGUUCAACAUUUCAUGAGAGUUUGGUAAAAUGGUAAGCUAACAACCGAGCGGAGAUUGUGUUCUCUAUAUAUUGCAGAAUCUUCAGUCUUGUUUAGAUCACAAUCUGGAGAAGGUCACUGUACAACACUCAUUUUUAUUAGAUCUUUGGGCUCAUGCUAUGAACUUGACAUCCCAACCUUUUUGUAAUGUACUGCCUAUCACUAUUUUAAAGGUUUGUUUGGCUUGUUCAGAUUCUUGACCUGUGUAUCUUUUAAUGUGAUGGAAUGCUUCUCACUUUUGUUUGCAGUUCCAUUUUGAACUGAAAACCUUUGUAAUUCUGAAUAAUAGUUAAUUUAUGUUAUGUUUUGUGUAAUUAUUUUAAUAAAUGUAGAAGAUAUCGAAAUAAAGCACACAAUAAAGCUUGUUAAACUGUAGUGUUGUACUAUAGUGAUACAGUUUAUGAAUAUUUUCUUGUCCCAACUAAAAAAUGAGAUGCAUCAUGGGAUGUCAGCAAAACAACUGAUUUUGUUGUUUUAUAUGCUUUUUGAG